CAAGAUUCGCUGACAACCAUUUUUCGGACUGGAUGCACUAAAUGCUGCAGGCACGGACUCUCUUUUCUCGGGAAGGCAAUGGACACGCAAAGUGGAGUUAUAUUUUCAUACCUUGUCUUUUUAUUGACGAUCACAUGUGUGGAAGGGUUUAUUUAUACCUGCGGAGGGACAUUACAAGGAUUAAAUGGCACGAUAGAAAGCCCUGGUUUCCCGUAUGGGUAUCCAAAUGGUGCAAACUGCACAUGGAUCAUCGUAGCAGAAGAACGCAACAGAAUACAGAUUGUGUUCCAAUCAUUUGCUCUGGAGGAAGAAUAUGAUUAUCUGGCAUUGUAUGAUGGACAGCCACAUCCUGCAAACUUUAGGACAAGGUUAACUGGCUUUCAGAUACCUGCGCCUGUGACGAGCACUGGGUCUGUGUUUGCAUUGCGUCUUACUAGUGACUUCGCUGUCAGCGCACAUGGAUUUAAGUUAUUCUAUCAAGAGUUGCAGAGCAGUACUUGUGGAAACCCUGGUGUACCACAUGGAGCUAUCGUUCAUGGCACAAGCUUUAAUAUUGGAGACAAGAUCUCCUACUCCUGUGUGCAUGGCUAUAUUCUCGAUGGACAUCCCUUGCUAACCUGCUUGGCCAGCUCAGGAAAUACUGCAUCAUGGGAUUUCCCUGUUCCCAUCUGUAAGGCUGAAGAUGGCUGUGGGGGAACUCUGCAAGGAUCCAGCGGCAUCAUUUCGAGUCCAAACUUCCCUGGCGAGUAUUACAAUAAUGCGGACUGUACAUGGACAAUUGCUGCCGAGCUUGGGGAUACCAUCUCGCUCAUUUUUACGGAUUUUCAACUUGAAGAGAAGUAUGAUUAUUUGGAAAUUGAAGGGUCAGAGCCCCCAUCAAUAUGGUUGUCAGGAAUGAACCUCCCUCCACCCAUUAUCAGCAACAAGAACUGGCUGAGGCUGCACUUUAUAUCAGACAAUAACCACAGGCACCGGGGUUUCAGUGCUCAGUACCAAGUGAAAAAAUCCAUAGAUUUUAAAUCUAGAGGAGUUAAAUUGUUCCCAGGGAAAGACAACAGCAACAAGUUUUCUAUCUUGAAUGAGGGAGGAGUAAAGCAGCCAUCGAACUCGUGCCCGGAUCCCGGAGAACCAGAACAUGGAGUACGAAUUGGUUCUGAUUUCAGCCUUGGAGCAUCGGUCCAAUUUACAUGUGAUGAAGACUUUGUUCUGCAAGGAUCCAAAACUAUCACAUGCCAGAUAAUUGCUGAAGUUUUUGCAGCAUGGAGUGACCAUAGACCAGUAUGUAAAGUGAAAACUUGUGGAGUUAAUCUGAACGGUCCGUCUGGUAGUUUCGUGUCUCCCAAUUUCCCUUUCCAAUAUGACAGCAAUGCUCAGUGUGUUUGGAUAAUAACAGCAGUAAGUCCAAAUAAGGUGAUUCAGAUUGAUUUUGAAGAGUUUGAUUUGGAGAUCGGCUAUGACACCCUCACUAUCGGUGAUGGAGGAGAAGUUGGUGAUCCAACCACUGUGCUUCAUGUGUUGACAGGUAGCUUUGUCCCAGAUUUGAUCGUAAGCAAGAGCAAUCAGAUGUGGCUACAUCUGCAAACAGAUGAAAGCAUCGGAUCAAUUGGCUUCAAGAUAAACUACAAAGAAAUUGAUGAGGAGAGUUGUGGUGAUCCUGGGACUCCAUUAUAUGGCAUAAGAGAUACAGAUGGAUUUUCCAAUGGGAACAUUCUGAGAUUUCAGUGUCAAUCUGGAUUUGAACUGAUCGGAGAAAAAUCCCUGCUUUGUCAAGACAACAAUCAGUGGUCAGCAAAUGUGCCCAUCUGCAUCUUUCCUUGUCUAUCAAACUUCACUGCACCUGUUGGAACUGUACUUUCACCUGACUAUCCUGAGGGGUACAGCAACAACAUGAACUGCAUCUGGCUAAUUGUUGCCACUCGAGGGAGCCGAAUUCAUCUUUCUUUCAACGAUUUUGACUUGGAAUCCCAGUUUGACUUCCUUGCCGUUAAAGAUGGGGAGUCGGUCGAUUCCCCGCUGCUGGGCACGUUCAGCGGAUCGGAGGUUCCUUCGCAUCUCACCAGCAAUGGUCACAUUCUGCGGUUGGAGUUCCAAGCUGAUCACUCGAUGUCCGGACGGGGAUUUAACAUCACAUACAGCACGUUUGGCCACAAUGAAUGUCCUGAUCCUGGUAUUCCCAUUAAUGGACGACGCUUUGGCGACAAUUUCCAGUUGGGAAACUCGGUAUCUGUUCUCUGUGAAGAAGGAUUCAUAAAAACUCAAGGGACAGAAACUAUAACCUGUGUACUGAAAGAUGGAAAAGUCAUGUGGAGCGGACCAAUUCCAAAAUGUGAAGCUCCUUGUGGUGGCCAUUUUUCUUCACCAAAUGGAGUAAUCCUAUCACCAGGGUGGCCUGGAUAUUAUAAAGACUCUCAGAACUGUGAGUGGGUGAUUGAAGCCGAGCCUGGACAUUCUAUCAAAAUCACAUUUGAAAGGUUUCAGACUGAAGUCAAUUAUGAUGUUCUGGAAAUUCAUGAUGGCCCAAAUCUUCUGUCCCCACUUCUUGGCUCUUUCAAUGGCACACAAGUACCUCAGUUCCUCUUUAGCAGUGCGAACUUUCUUUACUUGCUGUUUACCACUGAUAACAGUCGCUCCAAUAUCGGUUUCAAAAUUCAUUAUGAGAGUGUUACAGUGGAUACGUAUUCCUGCAUGGACCCUGGGAUCCCAGUCAAUGGAUAUCGACAUGGACAAGAUUUCUCCAUUGGUUCUACUGUAGCAUUCAGCUGUGAAUCUGGGUACACAAUAAGUCAUGAGGAACCGCUAAUGUGUGAGAAAAAUCACUGGUGGAAUCACCCCUUGCCUACUUGUGAUGCACUAUGCGGUGGAACUAUUCGAGGACCCACAGGAACAAUUUUAUCACCUGGUUAUCCUGAUUUUUAUCCAAAUUCAUUGAACUGUACCUGGACUGUGGAGGUCUCCCAUGGUAAAGGUGUUCAGUUCACCUUUCACACAUUUCAUCUGGAAGAUCAUCAUGACUAUUUCCUAAUCACAGAAAAUGGUAGCUUUACUCAUCCGCUAGCUCGGUUGACGGGCUCAGAACUGCUUGCGCCAAUUAAUGCUGGCCUGUAUGGGAACUUUAAGGCUCAGCUACGCUUCAUUUCAGACUUCUCAAUAUCAUAUGAAGGAUUUAACAUUACAUUUUCAGAAUACAACUUGGAACCCUGUGAGGACCCUGGCAACCCACCAUUUGGCAAACGUUUGGGAACAUCCUUUGGUAUUGGCGACUCGUUAGCAUUUUCCUGCAGUCCUGGUUACCGCCUUGAAGGAGCAUUCCAGAUCACGUGCCUCGGAGGUGGUCGUCGUGUGUGGAGUGCACCUCUGCCAAGGUGUGUGGCUGAAUGCGGAACAUCCAUAACAAGCAACGAGGGAAUCCUGCUGUCUCCCAACUAUCCUUUGAACUACGAAAACAACCAUGAGUGCGUGUACAGCAUACAAGUGCAAGCAGGCAAAGGAAUUAAUAUCUCAGCCAGAACAUUCCACUUAGCACAAGGAGACACUCUUAAGAUAUAUGACGGAAAAGACAGUUCUGCUCAUCUCCUGGGGGCUUUCUUUGGCACUGGGAUGCUGGGUGUGACCUUAAGCAGUACAUCCAAUCAUCUGUGGCUGGAGUUUAACACUGACUCUGAAACAACUGGAGAAGGUUUUCAACUUGUUUACAAUGGGUUCGAGCUCUCGCACUGUGAAGAACCCGGUGUGCCUCAGUUUGGAUACAAAAUUAGCGACCAGGGCCACUUUGCUGGAAGCACUAUUUCCUACGGUUGUAACCCAGGUUACACUCUGCAUGGAAGCAGUAUCCUGAAAUGUAUGACUGGAGAGCGAAGAGCCUGGGAUUACCCACUUCCAUCGUGUAUUGCCGAAUGUGGAGGCCAAUUCAAAGGUGAAUCAUCAGGAAGAAUCCUAUCCCCAGGAUAUCCUUUCCCAUAUGACAAUAAUCUUCGUUGCAUCUGGACAAUCGAAGUGGAUCCAGGCAAUAUCAUCAGUCUUCAGUUUAUUGCGUUUGAUACAGAGGCAUCUCAUGACAUUUUACGUGUGUGGGAUGGAGUUCCUGAGAACGAGAUGCUUCUGAAAGAAGUCAGCGGAUCUCUUAUUCCUGACAAUAUCCACAGCACACUCAAUGUUAUCACCAUCCAUUUUGAUACUGACUUCUUCAUCAGUAAAUCAGGAUUUGCUGUCCAGUUCUCAAGCUCGGUGGCAACAGCUUGCCGUGAUCCUGGUAUUCCUAUGAAUGGAAGUCGGAAUGGAGAUGGCAGGGAUCCUGGAGAUACAGUCAUCUUCCAGUGUGAACCGGGCUACGAGCUUCAGGGUGAAGAGAAAAUUACCUGCAUUCAAGUGGAAAAUCGAUACUUCUGGCAGCCCAGCCCUCCUGUCUGCAUCGCACCAUGUGGAGGAAAUCUGACUAGCUCCUCAGGAUUUAUCCUUUCACCAAGCUACCCACAUCCCUAUCCUCAUGGCAAGGAGUGUGACUGGACCAUCACCGUUAACAACGACUACAUCAUCUCUUUGACGUUCCUCAGUUUUACCAUGGAGCCCAACUAUGACUUCCUUUACCUGUAUGAUGGUCCAGACAGCAACAGCCCUCUGAUUGGAAGCUUCCUUGAUAAUAAGCUACCUGAACGGAUCGAAAGUAGUUCAAAUAGCAUGCACUUAGCAUUUCGGAGUGAUGGUUCUGUUAGCUUUUCUGGAUUUCACAUUGAAUAUAAAGCAAAGCUUCGGGAAUCGUGCUUUGAUCCCGGGAAUGUCAUGAACAGUACCAGACUGGGAAGUGACUUUAAACUAGGAUCGACUGUUACAUACUAUUGCAAUGCAGGCUACGUGCUCCAAGGUUAUUCGACACUUACGUGCAUCAUGGGAGAUGACGGAAGACCUGGGUGGAAUAGAGCUUUGCCCAGCUGUCACGCUCCAUGUGGAAGUCGAUCUUCAGGUUCUGAUGGUACAGUGCUGUCACCAAACUAUCCCAGAAAUUAUAGUACUGGACACAAUUGUGUUUAUUCCAUCACUGUCUCCAGAGAGUUUGUGGUGUUUGGCCAGUUUGUGUUUUUUCAGACUUCCCUUCAUGACGUUGUUGAUGUUUACGAUGGACCUACUCAGCAAGCAUCACUGUUGACUUCACUGUCGGGGUCUCACUCAGGAGAGUCCCUUCCUUUAAGUUCAGGUAACCAGAUCACAAUCAAGUUCAGCUCAGUUGGUCCAGUAACAGCCAAAGGAUUUCAUUUUGUUUAUCAAGCUGUGCCACGGACCAGUGCAACCCAGUGCAGUUCUGUACCUGAGCCAAGGUUUGGAAAACGGGUUGGGAAUAAUUUUGCUGUUGGCUCCGUGAUUCUCUUUGAAUGCAAUCCUGGAUACGUUCUCCAAGGUUCACCAGGGAUUAAGUGUGCAUCUGUACCAAAUGCCCUGGCUCAGUGGAAUGAUUCUCUGCCCACCUGUGUUGUGCCCUGUGGUGGAGUUUUAACUGAACGUAAAGGGAGUAUUCUGUCUCCGAGUUAUCCAGAGCCAUAUGACAACAAUUUGAACUGCAUCUGGAAAAUCACAGUGCCGGAAGGCGCUGGAAUACAAGUUCAAGUAAUAAGCUUUGCUACCGAGCAUAACUGGGACUCAUUGGAUUUCUUUGAUGGGAUUGACACUAAUGCGCCACGUCUAGGAAGCUUUUCAGGCACAACAAUACCAGCGCUCCUCAACAGCACAUCUAAUAACUUGUACCUAAACUUUCAGUCAGACAUCAGUAUUUCGGCUGCCGGCUUUCACCUUGAGUAUACAGCUAUAGGAUUGGAUUCCUGCCCAGAACCACUUACUCCCAGCAAUGGAAUCAAGAAUGGAGACAGAUAUUUGGUGGGAGAUGUUAUAUCAUUUCACUGUGAUCAGGGAUACUCACUGCAGGGGCAUUCACAUAUAACAUGUAUGCCAGGACCAGUCCGAAGAUGGAAUUACCCUAUUCCAAUGUGUAUAGCCCAGUGUGGUGGUUCUCUGACUGGCUUCAGUGGCGUUAUCCUUAGCCCUGGUUUCCCUGGAAACUACCCUAGCAGCCUGGAUUGCACGUGGUCAAUAACCCUACCGAUCGGCUUCGGUGUGCACUUACAGUUUGUUAAUUUUUCCACGGAGACAAUCCACGAUUACAUGGAAGUGAGGAGUGGGUCUGCAACAACUGGAACGAUAAUUGGUAGAUUUAGUGGUCCUCAGAUUCCAGCACCUCUUUUCAGUACAACCCACGAAACAACCAUAUACUUCCACAGUGAUUACUCCCAAAACAAACAAGGCUUCCACAGUAUGUAUCAAGCUUACCAACUUCAAAGUUGUCCUGACCCCCGCCCGUUUCGAAACGGCUUUGUUAUCGGAUAUGACUUAUCAGUAGGACGGAUCAUCUCGUUUGAGUGCCUCCAAGGUUAUACGCUAAUUGGGGAGCCAGCACUCACUUGUCUUCACGGUAUAAGUCGGAACUGGAACUACCCAAUACCUAGAUGUGAAGCUCUCUGUGGAGGCAAUAUUACUGCGCUGAAUGGUACCAUCUACUCUCCUGGGUAUCCUGAUGAGUAUCCUAACUUUCAGGACUGCUUUUGGAUUGUUAAAGUGCCUCCAGGCCAUGGAAUCUACAUCAACUUUACUGUCUUGCAAACAGAACCUAUAUAUGAUUUUAUUACAGUAUGGGACGGGCCAGAACAGACUGCCCCUCAGAUUGGACAAUUCAGUGGAAAUACAGCACUGGAGUCCGUCUACAGCACGUCAAAUCAGAUCCUGAUCAAAUUCCACAGUGAUUUUACAACAGGCGGCUUCUUCAUUCUCAGUUACCAUGCAUACCAACUACGGAUCUGCCAGUCUCCUUCGGCGAUGCUCACAGGGCAGAAUUUGACAGAGGAUGAUGAAUUUGAAAUAGGAGACCUUAUAAGAUUCCAUUGUCUGCCAGGAUUCACGCUGAUUGGCAAUGAGAUUCUUACCUGUAAACUGGGAGAACGUUUACAAAUGGAUGCUGCUCCUCCGUCUUGUGAAGUGUUAUGUCCAGUCAAUGAAGUGAGAACUGAUUCAACUGGUGUUAUAUUGAGCCCUGGCUACCCAGACAGCUACCCGAACUUCCAGACAUGUGCUUGGAGCAUUAUUGUGGAAAAGGGUUACAACAUCACCUUGUUCUUUGAGUUUUUCCAGACGGAGAAAGAAUUUGAUGAACUGGAGGUCUUUGAUGGUCCAAACAGCCACAGCCCAUUGCUGAAUUCCUUCAGCGGGGAUUACUCUUCCCCUUUCAACGUCACUAGUAGUGGCCAUCAGCUUUUUCUCCGCUGGUCUGCUGAUCACGGCACCAACAAAAAAGGCUUCCGCAUCCGUUAUGUUGCUUUUUACUGCAGUACCCCAGAGUCACCCCCCCAUGGAAUCAUACUCAGCCAAACAGGAGGGCAGCUCAACAGUAUUGUUCGGUGGGCAUGUGAACCAGGUUAUAGGCUUAUCGGGAACAGCACUGCCAUAUGCAGGAAAUCACCAUACGGAUUUUACACUUGGAACAUGCCUGUCCCUGCUUGCCAAGCAAUAUCAUGUGGUGCACCCAAAGCAUCAGCAAAUGGAGGAGUUUUUGCCACCGAUUACUCAGUAGGCACACGUGUCAGCUACUUUUGCAAUGAUGGCUACCGGUUUCCAUCGAAGGAGCAUUCCUCUGCCAUGUGCCAACAGGAUGGUAUGUGGAACAACCAGAACAGUCCACCGAGGUGUAAUGUUAUAUCGUGUGGAGAAUUAGGACAUCCUCCGAAUGGUAAAAAGAUUGGAACUCAAACUACCUUUGGAGCUACUGCCAUCUUGACCUGUGACACAGGCUACAUAUUAGUUGGUUCGAUAGUCAGAGAAUGCCUGGCAUCCGGACUUUGGAGUGGGACUGAAACCAAGUGUUUAGCUGGCCACUGUGGAGUUCCAGAUCCAAUAGUCAAUGGGCAAGUAGUUGGAGAGAAUUAUGGUUACAGAGAUACAGUGGUUUACCAAUGCAAUCCUGGAUUUCGUUUGAUCGGUUCAUCCGUACGAAUAUGUCAGCAAGAUCACAACUGGUCUGGACAGCUCCCGAUUUGUGUGCCAAUUAGUUGUGGUCAUCCUGGAAAUCCAGUUUAUGGGAAAACGUCCGGAAACGGUUUCAAUCUGAAUGAUGUUGUAACGUUUUCUUGCAACACUGGUUACGUGAUGGAUGGGUCAGUCAAAGCCCAGUGUCAGACAAACAGACAGUGGAGCCAGUCAAUCCCCACUUGUAGAGUGGUGAACUGCUCUGAUCCUGGAAUUCCUGCAAAUUCCAUUCGGGAAAGCAAGAUAGAAUAUGGAAAUUUCACCUUUGGCUCCAUGGUAUAUUAUGACUGUAACUCUGGGUACUUUUUGUUUGGAUCUUCUGUGCUGACUUGCCAGUCCAAUGGGUAUUGGGAUAAGCCCUUACCUCAAUGUACCUUGGUUGACUGUGGCCAUCCUGGUAUUCCGCCAAAUGCAAUUUUGACCGGUGAUAAGUUUACAUUUGGGGCAACUAUUCACUACUCCUGUGCUGGGAAGAGGAUGCUUAUUGGCUCUGCAACACGUACCUGCCAGAAGAAUGGACACUGGAGUGGCUCCAUGCCUCACUGUUCUGGGGAUACAGUGGGAAAAUGUGGUGACCCUGGCAUUCCAGCACACGGUUCAAGAGAGAAGAGUGAAUUCCGGGUUAAGGGUGUUGUGCGCGUUUCUUGUCUCACGGGAUAUGUUCUGCAUGGCUCUGCUGAACGAGCUUGUCUUUCCAAUAGCACCUGGUCAGGGAAACAGCCAGAGUGCAAAGCUAUCAAAUGUGGAAACCCUGGGACACCAGCGAAUGGCAAAGUGUUUUGGAUUGAUGGAACAUCAUACGCGAACUCUGUGGCGUACUCCUGUCUAGAAGGAUACGUACUCUCUGGUUCAGCAACAAGGCAAUGCACAGUUAAUGGUACCUGGUCAGACAAUAUACCUAAUUGCACAAUAAUUACCUGUGGAGAUCCUGGAGUACCAGCUAACGGAAUGAGACUAGGGGAUGACUUUACGGUGGGACAAAAUGUCACACAAAUGUGCCAACCAGGUUACACAAUGGACUCUCAGGCUUCCGUGGUCCGUUCCUGUCUCAGCAAUGGUACAUGGAGUGGCUCAGCACCUCUAUGUAAAGCUGUGACAUGCUCAGUUCCACCACAGAUUUCAAAUGGGAAAAUGGAAGGAACAAAUUUUGACUGGGGGUCAAGCAUCACCUACAGCUGUUCUCCAGGAUAUGAGUUGUCUUUUCCUGCAAUCCUCAACUGUGUUGGCAAUGGAACGUGGACGGGAGACGUGCCACAGUGUCUGCCAAAAUUUUGUGGAGACCCUGGGGUGCCGGCGCGAGGGAGGAGAGAGGGGAAGAGCUUCAUCUACCAAUCGGAGGUUUCAUUCAGCUGCAGCUCUCCUUUGAUCUUAGUGGGUUCAAGCACUAGGAUUUGCCAGGCUGACGGGACUUGGAGUGGAUCACAGCCUCGCUGUAUAGAGCCAUCACAUACAACAUGUGAAAACCCGGGAACACCACUACAUGGAACACAGAAUAAUACAUUUGGUUAUAUGGUGGGAAGUGUAAUCCAAUUUCACUGCAAGAAAGGGCAUUUACUACAAGGAUCUACCACUCGAAUUUGCCUUUCCGAUCUCACUUGGAGUGGAAUUCAACCUGAAUGCAUACCACACAACUGCAAACAACCAGAGACUCCAGCUCAUACCAAUGUGGUUGGGAUGGAUCUUCCAUCGCUGGGUUACGUCCUAUUGUACACCUGUCAGCCUGGAUUCUAUUUAGCUGGAGGAUCAGAACACAGAGCCUGCAGAUCUGAUGGGACCUGGACAGGAAAGGCACCCAUCUGUCAAGCUGGUUCAAAGAAAUCGGAGAAAAGCAACAGACCUUCAAUUGGAACACCAAGCCCCAAACUAAGCGUUCCAGAUGAUGUCUUUGCUCCGUACUAUAUUUGGAAGGGAUCUUAUAAUUACAAAGGAAAGAAGCAGCCCAUGACAUUGACAGUCACGAGUUAUAACACUUCCUCGGGCAGAGUCAAUGCCACCCUCAUAAACAGCAACAUGGAGCUACAACUUUCAGGUGUCUAUAAAAGUCAAGAAGCACGUCUUAUGCUUCUGAUGUACCACGUGGUAGCACCUGAUCAAACGUCUGUCAGCAAGAUCACAGAUAAAUGGGCCAUGGAUGGUUAUGUAUCUGCUGAACCUGAUGGUGCCACAUAUGUCUUUCAAGGAUUUAUACAAGGUGAAGAUUAUGGACAAUUUGGAGUCCAGCGGCUGGGUCUGAACUCAAGUCAAGGCUCGAAUUUCCCCAAUCAACCACAUGGUACAAAUAGUAGCUCUGUUGCCAUCGCCAUCCUUGUGCCUUUUUUUGCUCUUAUAUUUGCAGGAUUUGGGUUUUACCUUUAUAAACAAAGGACUGCUCCCAAGACACAGUACACCGGCUGCUCUGUACAUGAAAAUAAUAAUGGUCAAGCAGCUUUUGAAAAUCCAAUGUAUGACACAAGUGCAAAAUCAGCAGAAGGCAAGGCAGUUCGAUUCGAUCCCAAUCUCAACACCGUCUGUACAAUGGUAUAAGGCAGAAACUUGGUUUGAUUACAUAGCCUGAUAAACAUCUAGCGCUUUGCAUCCUUGGGACAUCUAGAUUUUGACUAAACCAACUUAUGUACAAUGCACAUUUGGUUCACUGCUAUUUAAAGCACAUUUUUCAGGAAUUUAAUGUACCAGAUUUAUCUGAAGAACCAGAAAAGGAAACGAACACAAUUUCAUGGCUCGCCCAGUUGGAACAGAUAUGCUCUUCCUUCUGUCACUGGAGAGCUUUUCAGCAACUUUAGCUGCACUCUAAGAGUGCUUAGCCACAAUUUUUUCAAAAUAAAACCUAAGUACUCUCUCAGAAGAAAACUACAGAUACUUGAGGAGCAUUGAACCACUGUUUUCAAUGUGACAAACAAUAGGGGCUAGGAUUUGGCAUGAAGGUUGGGACACUGAAUAUGUAACAAAGACCAUGAAGUACUGUAUAGUAACAUUAUUACAGGUUUUGCUUUCUAGUGUUAAGUGUAAAAAGAAAAAUUUAUAAGGUACCACUGCAAAACUGAUUUUGAAUACUUGAGUAUAAAGCGGCCAGUGUGAUCCUCACUAAACAGAUUUCUAUGGAACACUAACAGUCUUUUUUGAUUGCCAAGAAAAAUCUUUUCAUUUAUUUAAUUUUUCACCUUUUUUUGAUUUAAAUUGGUAUUCUUCGUACAAAAUAUUGAAUUCUCGCCACAGAAUAAAAUGAAGAAUAUUUAUACUAUAUAAUUUUCAAAAGACGCAUAUGCACGAUGUGUUGCAUGCUUCAUUAUUAUUUAAUUAUUCUAUUGUGUUUUUUAUUGCAACAUACCAUCUUAUUUAUUAUCUAAUAAAGUUAUGGUCUUAUGUACGUGCUUACAACAGUUCAUCCAGACCCUUUCAACAUUAGGUGAUUUAUGGUGUGGAUGUCAAGCGUUUUGCAUUAUCGAUAUGGUAUUAUGGUUACAAAUUUAUGGCAAUUAGAUCAAACACACCUGAUUAAAUCUGAUUGGAGUUUUAUACAUCAGAUUAUAGUCUACAGUACUAGGGGAUAUCACCUAAAUCAGUUGUUUGCCUUGACCAUUCUUUAUGAAGAAAAUGUAUUUGUUUUUACGUUGUACAUCUGCACAGUAGAUGUUAAUGAAUUCUGAGUCUGUUUAUCAACGAGAGUCAAGAAAUGUAUCUCUUGCAUGGAUGAUCGUGAUAUAUCUGGGAGUUCAUCUUGGUAUCAGAUGUUUAUUCUACUGUUAUAAUGGCAGCCAAACUCCACAUGACACCUUACACUCCUAUUGGUCACCUUCUUUAACAUUUGCCUUAACGGGUAGAGCCAUGCCAUACAAAGCAUUGCAGAAGUGAUAAGUCUCCACUUUUCAUCGCUAUUGAACAGCUGGUCACACUCUGAAGCUCAACUCAUUACGUGCAAAAGAUUAUUACCACUGUGAUAAAAAAAAGCACUCGCAUGUAAAGUUAAAAAAGUACAAUCAAAAUAAAAUAAUUUGUUUAAUUUUUCUGGAAGGAUUAUCCACUAACUGAAGAUAUUACUAUUGCUGUAACUGUAAUGUUUGCAUUGUGCCUACCAAAAAUUAAUUGCAGCCAAGAUUGUGCUCCUAAAAUGCCCUUUGAGUGGUUUACUUCCUGGUUCAAGACCAGCCUUUUGGCUUGAAGAUCCAAUUAUCUUUAAUCACAAGAAUUGAUUACAUUGAAAUAUACGAAUUUCACAGUGCAUCUUAAGCUAUUGUCAAAUCAACAGAAAUUAUUUUGCUUUAAAUUGAAUCAUAUAUUCCUGCUCACCCAAGUUUGUACCCACAUAUGACUGCAAUAAACAAAGUACAUCCACAAAAUUAGAAUAAAUAUUAAACUGUACCUGAAAGAAAUUUCAUGUACAACCUCCUUACUCUUC